AUGCCUUUAAAUCAAAUAAUGAAACGGUAUUGGUGGUGCCGAAUGUUUCUUCUGCCGCUUUACGGCUGCCUGUAUGAAAGGGAUCAUCCUGUUUUUUUGAGGGUCAAUGGUAUCCUCCCAAAUGUCCUGCAUCUUCACUCCGGGAUAAUCCUUAACUGUUUGUAUUAUCUGAAGAUCUCUGUAAAGCUAUCAUCCCAUUUGAGCCUUUGGUGCCGUAAUCCCUUCACUGCUAAUAGUGUUCGUCCAUUGCAGAACAUUUUUCCAUACGGCGGUAUAGGCUGCGCCAGUAUUUAUUUGCUGACAUGGGAAAAAAUUCUUUUUUUUUGA